UUGAUUUUGUUGUACCGCCAUUUUCAUCUCUGCUCAUUGCUCUGCUUCACAGUGUAUGCCUAAUGGCCAUGGCCGGCAACGACCUGUUCUCUUCGUUGAUUUCAGACAUUAAGUCAUACUCUGGCAAAGACCCUCUGCUUCCAUGGCUUCGAGGGAUUCGGAAAAUGAAAGACUCCUUGCCUACUCACGUUUUGAACGAUAAGCUUCCUCGAUUCUUGCAGAAAUGCACCGAGAAGUUCGAGUCCGAUCGGCGUUAUAGGAACGAUUUGCGGUAUCUUCGCGUUUGGUUGCAGUUGAUGGACUAUGUGGAUGAUCCAAGAGCGCUCUUGAAAACCAUGGAAGAGAAACGGAUUGGGAGUAAAUCUUCUUUGUUCUACCAAGCAUACGCCCUGUACUAUGAGAAGCUUAAGAAGUUUGAUGAUGCUGAGAAAAUGUACCACUUUGGAGUGCAGAAGCUUGCUGAACCUAUUGAUGAAUUACAAAGGUCAUAUGAGCAGUUUCUUCGUCGCAUGAAAAAACACAAUUAUAAGAAAGUCCAGCAUCAGCAUGGAAAAACUUCAAGGAGGCAUCUGUCUGACAAAAGCACUUCUAAUCAAGGUGAUGCCGUGGUGAACAAUAAUGAGGAUCAAAACAAAGGAAUUUUUCAGAAUGGGACUGAGAAGAUGCCUCAAGAUUCAGCAGCUGAAGCCAGGAUGCUUAGGAGCGACGACACCGUCGUUGCGAAAUUUGUAGAUAAUGCUAUUUAUGGGAAAUCUGUAGCAGAAGAUGCUUGUCACCACGGUUUGGUGGAACCAACUGUGAAUAUGAAAGAGGCAAUGAAUGCAAUAAAUAGUAUGUUUUCUGAACCAAUAGAGAUGGCAACUAUAGGUAGGAGAUCACAUAGAAGCCAUUGCAACUUAAAUGGUGGGUUUGAGGUGUUUGCUGAUGAGAAUCUUGAUAAGAAACCUGAACUAGAAAAGCAGAUGCCACAGCACGGUAGUAUGACCGAACCAUGCCAGCUCGAACAACCGCCUUUGAUGAUUUUUGUGGACGAUGAAGCGGGUGGCGAGCUUGGCAACACAAGUUACGAAAAGGAUGGAUCAAAGUUGAGCGAAUCACGAUAUGUCGUAGGAAGUUCUACGGCAUCGGCAUCAGGUUCAAAAGCAUUCGUGUUUCCUUGUGUGUACAAUCCUGAAAAUGUCAAUGACGACGAUUCUGAUGUACAAGAUCCUAUUGAAGCGAAGUUUAGAGAAGAUACAGUUGUUUGUAGGUUUGUUGGUACUGCCAUUUCAAAUGAGCCAGAGGUGGAAAACAUCUGCCACCAUGGCUUGGUAGAGCCAACAGUUAACCUGAAAGAAGCCAUGGAUGAUAUCAACAACAUGUUUGGAAAGCCCAUAGAAUUUGUUAGGAGUAGGAGAUCCAAGAAGCAUGAAAAUCCACCAGAAGUGCAGAAUAAUUUUGGUGGGUUCUCAAUACUUGUUGAUGAUGAUCUAGAGCAGCCUGCACAGGCUCAGCCACCUGUAAAGUCAUCAAGAAAACCAAGAGACUGUGAUUUGUUUGAGCCAACAGUGUUUACUAAAGAGGCCAUGGAUGAUAUCAACAAAAUGUUUGGAAUGCCUCUUGAUUAGUAGUCACCACGGGCUAAGUUUCUGCUUGGAAUGUCAGCUUCUGAUUGAGAUGUGCUUCUAAUGUGUACUGUAAUUUUGAAUAUGUAGAUUUUGAUUCUGGUUGAUUUCUCAUCACUUGCUUGUCUAUCAUGAAAUCUUGAAUAGGGAUGAUUUCAAA